UAAAUGUUUUUUCUCUCUCCGUGAGUUUAGUAAUAGGCGUUUAUGUGAUUCAACCGCCUGCAUACAUGACUCUUAAUUUUCACAAAAAAAUUUACUUUUCCCUAUAUUAUGGUUAAAUGGUAUAGUUUUGGUACAGCGAAAGAAAAAUCAUAACAAAAUACGAUAUUGUUCUAGAUUUUUAAAUUAAUAUCAAUUAUUUGCACUCCCCCUCUCGGACAACGCUCUUGAAUUUCGUAGUCGGAAACAAUGUUUACACGUGACCAAGUCCAGACGUAGUUCAAACGACUCAGAGUACCUCCGUGAUCGGCCACGACAAGUACACCGACUUCUCAACUCAAGUGUUGAUCCUUAAUUUUUAAAAAUAUAGUGUCUAUAUUUUGUCAAAGCAACCACACAACCUCUGUUCGUACAUUACGGUGAAACGGUUCAAGUGUAUUUUCAAAAAAAAAUUAUCCACUGACAGCUGUACAAGUACUCCCGAUUCGAGAUCUAUAUAACAACAACGACAACAACGACGACGACAAAUGGACGUCCGAUCUGGAGGCACGACGGCCGCGACCAUUUCGCUGGUGUUCGGGCUGAUGGCCGGUUGCGGUGCAAUCGUACUUCCGGCCGAUCGUCCGACCGGAACCGGCGCUCGGGCCGACCACCGGACACCCAGGGACAUGCGCGAGCCGAAAAUCGACGGCCAGGGGCUCGACCUGCUCGGGCUCAAGACCACCGGCCAAAAGUGGUCGUCGGACGAGUACCAGACGCUGUCUUCGCUGCAGCAGACUUCCGACGACGGCGGCGGCGGCGGCGGUUCGGCGCCGGUCACCGCCAAGGUGGACGUCUAUCCGGCGCUGACGACGGACUCGCCGCCGCCGUUCGUGGCUCGCAGCCGGUACGUCAGCAGUCACCUACACCCGCCCUACCUGCACCACCUGUACGGCGGCGACACGGACGUCCGACAAGAAACCGCAGAUCCGGAAGACCAGCGUCCGGAGUACUCGGUGAUGCCGAAAUGGAACAGGUACCACCCCAGUCACAGGCAACUGAAAAAAUACGGACCAGUGAUCAUGGAGACGGACGUGGCAGCGGACGGCAGCAGCAGCGUGGCCGGUGGGUACAACGUUUACGACAACAGCGUGGACUACGGUACGGCGAGUGUCAACUACGAACCGGAACCCUUCAAAAACGCCAACGCCGGCAGCGGCGCCGGUGACGGGUACGCCGGUUGGUACGGCGACCCGCCGACGCAGUCCUCGCGGCCGGCCACCGUGGUGGCCGAGGUCCGGCAGCCCGGCCACAAGAUGUCCAUCGACGUGCACAAGUUGACGCUGCUGGCCAUGGUAAAAAUCGCUUUGGCCAAGCUCAAAGUGCUCACGGUCAUCAAGUUCCUGGCCUUCCUGUGGGUCAAGUUGAAGCUGCUGGUGGUGCUUAAGGGGUUCCUGUUCGCCAAGUUCGCCAUAAUGGGCAAACUGCUGAGGCUGUUCCUGCUGCCCUUCCUGCCCAACCUGCUGACGUGGCUCAGGAACGCGGCCAUGAUGCAGCUGAACCCCACGAUGACCCCGCCGGCCAUGAGCGAAAUGGCGAGCACCGCGAUCCAGUUGCGUAACGACAGUGUCGCCGAUCCAGCGCUCAGGAGGAGCACAGCCGGCCUGGACACGCUGGGGGCGGCCGGCAAUUUGUUGCAGUUCGUGGCCUUCGUGCAAUCGGCCAAGUGCGCGGAGAGGACGGCCUGUCGAGUGUCCGGCACCAGACCGCCGAGUCUACAAUCCACGAUGGCGAACUGGAUCUUAUCACCGUUGGUGAAUUAUAUUCCUAACAGAAAGUUAAAGUCGUACAUGUCAACAUUGAAGGAAGUUUCAGACUAUCGCUUAGAAAACAUUUUCAGUAAUCCUUCAACAGUAGAAUGGUUUAAAUGGUGCGAUGAACGGUAUCAUUGUGAUGACGAAGAAGAAGAAGACGCAGAAGAAGAUACUGCUGACAGUUUGAUUUAAAUUAUAUUAUAUUUUUUUUUUCAAUACAGGAGGUAUCCACAGUUGUAUUACAGAUGAAUGUUAAAUUUUUAAAAACUAAUAUCAAAGAAAUUAUAAUUACAAUUUGUAUG